AUGGACAGUGCAAGAAACAUCACAGAAUUUUUUAUGCUGGGACUCUCACAAAAUCGUGAGGUGCAGAGAGUUUUAUUUGUUCUCUUUAUGAUUGUUUACCUGGUCUCUGUUGGGGGCAACCUACUUAUAAUGACCACAAUUAUCUUCAGCCCCACCUUGGGCUCCCCUAUGUACUUUUUUCUGGCAUAUUUGUCCUUUAUUGAUACUUGCUAUUCUUCAUGUAUGACCCCCAAACUAAUAGCUGAUUCUAUGUAUGAGGGGAGAGCCAUCUCCUUUGAGGGUUGUCUCACUCAAUUCUUUGUUGCUCAUUUAUUGGGAGGAACUGAAAUUAUCCUACUCACAGUGAUGGCCUUUGACCGAUAUGUGGCCAUCUGCAAGCCCCUGCACUAUACAACAAUCAUGACCAGGCAUCUCUGUGCCCUGCUUGUGGGAAUGGCCUGGCUGGGAGGCUUUCUGCAUUCAUUGGUUCAGCUCCUCCUUGUCCUCCAGCUGCCCUUCUGUGGGCCCAAUGUGAUCAAUCACUUUGUCUGUGACUUGUACCCCUUAUUGGAACUUGCCUGCACUAACACGUAUGUCAUUGGUCUGCUGGUGGUUGCCAACAGUGGUGUGAUCUGCCUACUGAACUUUCUGAUGCUGGCUGCCUCCUACAUUAUCAUCCUGCGUUCCCUGAGGUCCCACAGCUCAGAAGGCAGACGCAAAGCCCUCUCUACCUGUGGGGCCCACUUCACUGUUGUUGCCUUGUUCUUUGUUCCUUGUAUAUUUAUUUACAUGCGGCCAUCGUCUACUUUGUCCAUAGACAAAAUAGUAGCUGUGUUUUAUUGUAUUCUGACACCGAUGUUCAACCCCUUGAUUUAUACCUUGAGAAAUGCAGAGGUGAAAAAUGCCAUGAAGAAUCUCUGGAAAAAAUGA